UGCGUGUUUUGUUUUUGUGUCAUUUGUAAAUUCCACGAAAGUUUCCACGCAAUACAUAACUUUAAAAACUAAAAAAUAUAUUUUACCAAAUGCAUCUACUUUUAUUUCCUUUCCCUCUAGAGGGCUGAGUCGCAGCCUGGUCGUAACAUGCUCAAAAAACAAAACAAUCAAGUACUCCCACAUUCAGUGUAUCAUUUUAUCUUCAUUUACCGUUCUUUCUCUUAGUUCAAAUGAAGUUAUUUUUUUAUUAUUUAAGACUAUUUUGGAGGGCUUUCCGCCUUUAACGGAGAGGACAUCUAGGUGAGAAAGAGAAGAGAAAGAAAUCGUCACAGGUCGGACUCAAACCCUUCGUCGAGGCAUAAACUAGUCUCUGUAUAGCUAUGUGCGCCUGCUGGACCAACUGAGCCAAUCCGGCCACUAGUUAAAACGAAGUUGACUGAGAGUUUACCUUGAAAAUGUCCUUCCCUUUGACAAGCAGCUCAAUGUCUCUGGAUCCCAAAUGACACUUGACCUCUUUACCAGACGUCCCAUGAGGCACAUUGACUUCGAUAAAAACCUCCUCCAUGGUCUGGUACCAGGAGCCCCAGGGCGUCUUGCAGGGGACGACGCCGCUCCUCUCCUCGAAGUGCACCGACAUGCUGCGGCUUCACACACGGCUGACAGUGCCUCUGUGUCCUUAUGCAUACAUACCAGUCACUUUAACAACACCAUUAAGGACUCUAGCUGCAAAUUUGGGGACAAAUUCUCCCCAGGAUGGCUGUCCUGUCAUUAACUUUAGUUACUUUUAUCUGCUGGAUAAGUCUUGGUAGUGUACUUGGAAUUGAGAAGAUUUACUCGGACAACAUCACUCUCAUUUUGGAUCGACUUUUGGAUGGUUAUGACAACAGACUGCGACCAGGAUCUGGAGGUGGUGUUACGGAGGUGAAAACAGACUUCUUUGUCACCAGCUUUGGACCUGUUUCAGAUGUUGAGAUGGAGUACACCAUGGACAUGUUCUUCCGUCAGAUGUGGGUUGAUGAGCGGCUCAAAUUUGAGGGCCCCACUGAAAUCCUGCGACUGAACAACCGCAUGGUGGACAAGAUCUGGACGCCAGACACUUUCUUCCGAAACUCAAGGAAGUCAAUUUCUCAUAACACGACCACACCUAACAAACUCUUCCGCAUCAUGCAGAACGGGACUGUCCUCUACACCAUGAGGCUGACCAUUGGCGCAGAGUGUCCAAUGAGACUGAUGGACUUCCCUAUGGACGCUCACUCCUGUCCUCUCAGGUUUGGAAGCUAUGCCUACACGAGCAGUGAAAUCUUUUUCACUUGGAGGAAGGGACCAGUAGCCUCUGUCGAGUGUCCCGCUGAGUCCAUGAGUCUUCUGCAAUAUGACCUGGUGGGACAGACUUUGUCCAGUGAAAUAUUCAAAUCAAACACAGGUCACUACUCUGUGCAGGUGGUCCAUUUCCACCUCAAGAGGAAGCUGGGCUACUACCUUAUACAGACUUACGUUCCUCUUAUAAUGGUUGUUGUGCUGUCACAAGUCUCUUUUUGGAUCAACAAAGAGUCUGUUCCUGCACGCACAGUUGCUGGCAUCACCACAGUGCUGACCAUGACCACCUUGAGCAUCAGCGCCCGUCAGUCACUGCCCAAAGUAGCCUAUGCCACCGCCAUGGACUGGUUCAUUGCUGUGUGUUUUGCCUUUGUGGCGUCGGCUCUUAUCGAGUUUGCAGCAGUAAACUACUUUGCCACCCUCCAGGCCAACCGUCUGAAGAAGGAGAAAGCUAGACGAGAAAAGCUUGAGGUGUUAGAUGCCGGCAGCGAUGAUGAAAACGCAAUUUCGUUGGACGGCAGCCAUCAGGAAGACCUGAAGAGGAGAAACCACUCAGUGUGUCGCAGUGAGCCAGGAGAAGCUUUGCGUGAGCCGAUAUUCCUCCAUCAGGGCUCAGCUUUUCCUCAAAUACCGCAGCUGGCUGGCACCAGCCCCAUUGACAAGUACGCCCGCAUCCUCUUCCCCCUGGCCUUUGCGCUCUUCAACCUAGUCUACUGGUACAUCUACCUGGCCAAGGACACCAUGGAGAUCGCCAGGAACGCGGUUCUUAAAAACUGAGAGGACCUGGAAAAGGCCAUGUGCAGCCUGAGAGAUCUUCAGCAUCCAGCCAGCCAGCCUCACCCUCCUGUCUCUCUGUGUGUGUGAACAAGCUCUCAGCGGUUUCUCUGCUCUCAUCUGACAGAGGAAAUGAAUCAGAAACUCAUUUUAUUCUCAUGCUGCACAUCUAUUCAUUUCACAGGCUGUGACCACUGCCCACUUGUGUUCUGAUCAGUAGCUGAAGAGCUGCCCUUCACGGGCCUCAAUCACUUUAAAGCCCGCCACAUACACACAACAACUUCUCGGGGCCCCCGGACCGAGACAGACGCCACACACAUACGGUAUGCUUGACGCUCAGACGCACACUUAAACACACAAACCAAGAAACACAUCAAAAAGAAGUGGAUGAUAUAAUCUAUGAUGGCUGUAACUGGUGGUGAUGCAACAGUGAACCAAUGCUUUCAGAAGCCUGCCCUCUACAGAAGCAUAGCUCCCACUACAACAAGAUCAAAGGCAAUUUACAGGAGCCUCGCAUCCCUCCCCGCGGCUUCAAAAAUCAACUCAAACCUGAGAAAAUGAAUUGUGGGAUUGUGUUUUUCAUCCCACCUUUCUGCUCUGGCGCUCUGUUGCUCCCUCUGCAUUUCCAGAUCUACUGCAGGUCCUCUUUAAACAUUGCAGGGAAGAGUGUAGGAUUUAAUACCCAUAAGUGUUGAUGGCAUUCAUUUUCUAUUUUUGUACAGAUGCUGCAUGAUUGUUGGGCACAGAUGUUUACAUAUAAAGUGUCUACUUGCAAUGGAUGGAGUGUUAUUCUCUUUUUAGCCACUUAGCAUGUGCAGUAACAUAAAACUGAAGGUGGAAUAAAGUGGAUCUUAAGUUUUCAUUUUGACCACUUGAACCCUUCAGUCCCAUUCUUUGACCUUGUCAUGAUAUAGACAAACUCGUCUGCCCUGUAAUGAACAUAAAAAUUAAACAAGCCUGCAUUAACA